AUGUUACGUCGUGGUUUAGCUAGUUUGUCUGGAAUCGCUCAAAAUUCAUUGAAAUCACAAAGAUGUGUUAGCGUUAGUGCACAAUGUUUUAGUGCUACAACAGCCGAAUCAGCAGAAUCUCAAAGUUAUUCGAUUAGAAAGGAUGGAAAAAGACUUAAAGGAUCGGAAUAUGAAGAAAUUGUUGUUGGUUCAAUUGAAGGAGAAAAUAAAUCUCAAGUUCCAAAAAGUGCACUUGAUGUUUUAUUGAAAGAAUAUGAUGAGUUGAUUGCUGAAAGCUCAGAUAAUUUGGUUAGUUUUUUUUAUUGAAAAACUAUAAGGAAAUCAUUAAAUUUAGGACAAAUAUAAAAGAUCGCUUGCUGAAACCGAAAAUGUUCGUAGAAGAGGAUUGAAACAAACUGAAGAUGCCAAAGUGUUCGCAAUUCAAGGUUUUUGUAAAGAUUUGCUUGAAGUAUCGGAUAUUUUGGAUAUUGCUGUCAAAUCAGUUAAACCUGAAGAAAUUGAACAAGGAGGCAAAUCUUUCAAAGAUCUUUAUGAAGGAGUUUCAAUGACAAGAACUGUUUUAUUGAAAGUUUUCGAGAAACAUGGAUUGAAAACUGUUGAUCCUACAAAUGAGAAAUUCGAUCCAAAUUUACACGAGGCAGUUUUCCAAAUUCCAUCGGCAAAUGUAUGUUUUUCCUCACCUAAUUUUAAUAUUGAUUAUAUUUUUAAGGCCAAACAACCUGUUGGACAUAUUGAGGUUUGUACAAAAAUUGGAUAUAACCUCAAAGAUCGCCCAAUUCGUCCAGCUCAAGUUGGCGUUGUUUCUCAAUAA